CACACUGAUUCUGGAUGUGGCCAGGGUGGCUUUCUCCAGCUGGGAUGCAGGACUUGAGCAGAAACUCAUCACCAGCUUCUUCCCUGCAUGAGCGCCGACUGAGUCCCAGGUCCCCCAUCUUCCCCCUGGACACUGUGCACAGUGCCUGGUCUUGAACAGCCAUGACGAUGGAAGUGCUCCCCAAGGCCCUGGAGGUAGACGAAACGUCUCCAGAGUCUAAGGACCUGCUGCCCAGCCAGACAGCCAGCUCUCUGUGUAUCAGCUCCAGAAGUGAGUCUGUCUGGACCACCACUCCCAGGAGCAACUGGGAAAUCUACCACAAGCCCAUCAUCAUCAUGUCAGUGGGUGCUGCCAUUCUGCUCUUUGGUGUGGCCAUCACCUGUGUGGCCUACAUCUUGGAAGAGAAGAAUACGGUUGUGCCAGUCCUCAAGAUGAUAGGGCCUGCCUUCCUGUCCUUGGGGCUCAUGAUGCUGGUGUGUGGGCUGGUGUGGGUACCCAUCAUCAAAAAGAAACAGAAGCAAAGGCAGAAGUCCAACUUCUUCCAAAGCCUCAAGUUCUUCCUCCUGAACCGCUGAAGGCAAUCUGACCAGAAUAUCUGCUGACCAGCAUCCCGCCUCUUCACCUUCUCUGUCAGGUACCACCAAGCUGAUCCAGGCAAACCCUCCUCUUGGCCCUAAGGGCAGGACAGAGCCCAGGGCUUCACCCUCACACAACCUAGCAGUGUUGCUGGCUGAGUCUCACCUGGUUUCUACAUCGCUGCUGAUGCUCCCUCGGAUAUUCUCAAUAUUCUCAUCCCUGGCACCUGCAUUUAAUCAUCAUCCAUCCCACUCUCUCUGCCAAAGGCAGUGCAUGCUGGGAAAUUCUUUGGGUGUUGACUAUGCUCCCAAAAAGAACUUCGUCUUAUACUUGUGUAUCUCAGCUGGAUUCCACAUCUGCAGCCUUCUGGAACCAAGCCUGAUUAAGGAGGGAAGGCUGACUUCAGACCUACUGGAUUUGACAGUCUUGGCUCCCUCCUUGGGUGAGACAUUGACUAGUGUUACAAGAGACAGGACAAUUCUCAUGUGUCACACAUUCCAAAAUCUGGACAGU